UAUGUUUUACACAAAAUGUCUCCUUUAAAGCAAUAAAAGAAAUAAGAUUAACGACAAAACUGGGCGCUUUACGGAGACUCCACAAUAGAUAUAACGACGUUUGAGACUUGAUAGAGCCCAAAAGGACUCGGAUCAAUAAAUGCAAUUUGGGAAGACAAAUGUAACAGGAGGAAAGGUCGGUUCCAGCUCGUGAGAAUCGCAGCGGAUCACAAGGAGAACACGAGAGCUUUAGACUGAAGUUUGCGACAAUAACCAAGAAAAAGUCCAUUUGAAGUUCCGGCCACACGUUAGAGGUCUCAGCAGAUAAAAAGAAAUAACGGAAGCCGAGGAGGCGAGUUCUCCAACAAAGAGCAUAAGAAAGACACCAGCUCCUAUUCACAGGUGCGACUGAGGAACGCUAACUUACGCCGUCUCAGCUCGCCACUCCCACACGUGAUGCGUCAUUGCCUUACGUGCAGUGGUGACGUCACACGCUCGCGUGGUGAGACUUGGGGCAUCGGGAUUUUCUGUCAGACAAGAGGCUGGGAAUUUGCAGUUGACAGCUCUGAGGGAGGCGUGAAGCUGCUGAAUCCUGCACAGAGAGAAGAUGAGUAACAACCACCCUUUGCACUCUUCCUCCUCCGCUAUCGGGGAGAUCGACCACGAACACAUUUUAUCAGAGAACGUGGGAGCUCUGAUCAACGGCGAGGAGUACAGCGACGUCACAUUUGUCGUAGAGAAGAAACGGUUUCCUGCACACAGAGUGAUUCUGGCAGCGCGGUGCCAGUAUUUCCGAGCUCUGUUGUACGGGGGCAUGAGGGAAUCACAGCCUGAGGCAGAAAUAACCUUGGAAGACACUACAGCGGAGGCCUUCUCAAUGCUCAUGAAGUACAUCUACACUGGACGUGCCACGCUGCGAGACGAGAGGGAAGAGGUGCUCCUCGACUUCCUAAGCUUGGCACAUAAAUAUGGCUUCCCAGAGCUGGAGGACUCCACAUCCGAGUACCUGUGCACCAUCCUCAAGAUUCAGAACGUGUGCAUGAUUUAUGAUGUGGCCAGUCUGUACUCUCUGUGCAAACUCACUGGUACCUGCUGCAUGUUCAUGGACAGGAACGCACAGGAAGUUCUUUCUAGUGAUGGCUUCCUGACGCUCUCCAGGGGGGCACUCCUGGACAUUGUACAGCGAGACUCCUUUGCUGCACCUGAGAAGGACAUCUUCCAGGCCCUGAUGCGCUGGUGUAGGCACAACCUAAAGGAGAAGCACAGCACAAUCAUGGCAGCCGUGCGCUUGCCUCUGAUGAGCCUGACUGAGCUGCUGAAUGUAGUGCGCCCCUCCGGGCUGCUCUCCCCAGAUGCAAUCUUGGAUGCCAUAAAAGUGCGCUCGGAAUGCAGGGACAUGGAUCUGAAUUACAGGGGGAUGCUAAUUCCUGAGGAAAAUCUUGCCACCAUGAAGUACGGAGCGCAGGUGGUUAAGGGAGAGUUAAGAGCAGCGCUUCUAGAUGGUGAUACACAGAACUAUGACCUGGAUCAUGGCUUUUCUCGGCACCCAAUAGAGGAUGACUGUCGCUCAGGGAUCCAAGUGAAACUAGGGCAGCCAUCGAUCCUAAAUCACAUCCGCCUGUUGCUGUGGGACCGAGAUAGCCGAUCUUACUCAUACUACAUUGAGGUGUCAAUGGAUGAAUUGGACUGGAUUCGAGUCAUUGAUCACUCGCAGGUUCUGUGCAGGUCGUGGCAGAAGCUUUAUUUUCCAGCUCGAGUCUGCAGGUAUAUCCGAAUUGUGGGGACACACAACACAGUCAACAAGGUUUUCCACCUGGUGGCCUUUGAGUGCAUGUAUACCAACAAAAGCUUCACCUUGGAGAAUGGGUUGAUAGUUCCCGCAGAGAACGUCGCCACCAUCACAGAGUGCGCCAGCGUGAUCGAGGGAGUGAGCCGAAGCAGAAACGCCCUGCUGAACGGGGAUACAAGAAAUUACGACUGGGAUUCCGGCUACACUUGUCACCAACUGGGCAGUGGCGCCAUUGUGGUUCAGCUCGCUCAGCCCUUUAUGAUCGGAUCCAUCAGGUUGUUAUUAUGGGAUUGUGACGAACGCAGUUACAGCUACUACAUUGAGGUCUCCACUAACCAGCAGCAAUGGACAAUGGUGGCCGACCGAACAAAGGUUCCGUGCAGUAACCUGCAAAGUAUUUACUCGCAGAUAUGCCUUACAAAAGAAAAAUCGUGGCAGACAGUCACAUUUAACAGGCAGCCGACGUGUUUCAUUAGGAUCGUUGGGACACACAACACAGCCAAUGAGGUUUUCCACUGCGUUCACUUUGAGUGUCCGGCCCAAAAUGUGUCCCACAAGGAUGAGACCAGUGAAGAUUCCAUCCCCAGUGACCAGAGCCAUUCUGCACAAGUGCCAUCUGCAGUCAGCCCGCGGGCAACUAAUCCCAUCACCUCACAAUCACAGACUGAAUCCAGUGCCCACAACCCGGGCCAGCAGAUGUGAAUGGACCAAACCAGCACCAAGAAUCCCCAAGGAACACUAUGUUCUCCCUCCAUCUCCCAUUCUAUAAUUUCAUACUGCAAUCUCCUCCUGUCCCACCCACUCAGCUGCCUUCCACCCAGGUACCUGGAAUGGCAUUUCAAGAAUAUCUGGAUUUGGGUCAAGUCUGACGCAAGCACCCACUUGCCCACCCAUGUUAUGUGAGUAGCAGCUGGGCAGGCUGGUGCCUCAGAAUUGAAUUCCAUGAUGGCAGCACAUUUUAUUUGCCCACCAGACUAGAGGGAGGGGAAACGCUUCAGUUUUAUUGUGGUCACUGUGUGACUUGCAGUACCGCUCUUUACCUCAUGAUGGCAGCAGUGCUUGCUUUAGGCAGUAAGAGAACAACACCACCACCUGAGCAUCUUCCAGAAACAGCAGCCUCCCCACCCCUUUAACCAGAAUGUUAAACAGUGGGGUUUUUUGUUGGCAGGAUACACACGAGCAUGGCAUGUCCAUACAUGAAUUAAGAGGACACAGUGCCCAUGCGGAUGCCAACAUGCAUGUCUGUAGUCAUAUCUCAAUAAUCAGUAGCGGAAGUUUCAGCUCUGUGCCAAUGUUACCAUUAUUACAGUUAAUGGAGACUGUUUGCCAUUCUGCACCCCACCAAGUGCCACUGCAAUGAGUUGCACUUUGGCACUAUAAUUAGGCUGAAGGAGAAUGUGCCAGUAUGUGUGGUUUUCCGGGUCCAGCAAACUGACAAUUGCACAAUACAGCCAUUUGGAAGUCCGACCAGGAAACAGCAGGACUGGGCUCUUUGCAGCAGAAAAAAAAACAAUUAUGGAACCCAGUUGUGCAACGAAUUUAUUAGCCACCCAUAUGGACAUGUUUUCUCCUCUUUUAUGGUCCUCUUUAUUUUUAUUUUACGUGGAACUUUGCCUACAACAGGUGAAUAUGGUGGGUAUAAGCUUAGAAGAGACUCGUAUGUUCAGGUUGAGACUUGUUCUUACAUUUCUACUCUCUUAGGGGUUUAUACCGGCCUGUCUUGCAUCAUUGGGCUCUGUGUGAAGUUAUUGGAGGACUGAAUAAUGUCCCCCUCGAGUGAGGUGACACCAUAUAAAAACAAAAAGUUUAUGCAAAAUCCAAUACCCCGACUGUAAAUUAAGGUGGCCAAACACAGGUAGGUUUAAGCUGCAGAUUUGGGACCUUUAGACCAAUGCUGUAGUGUAUCUGCCCAUGUGUGGGGACCAUUGACAGGCCUCCCCAAUCGAUAUCUGUCAGGCUUGAUUUUUCUGCCCGAUUGCAGGACGGCAUUGGCUCAUGUUGACCUCACUCUGACUUUUCGUAUCUUCUUAAAUGUAAAGCGAUUAUUUGACAACCUCACCAAACCAGCGAAUGUUACAAUGUAUGGCGCCUUUAGGAUUAGGUUAGGGUUGUGUCCCACUAUUUUGCACUUUGUCCCUUGCCCCCUCCCUCUGUUUUAAUUGCACCCUCUGGAUGAAUACAAAGUAAGGACACCUGAGCAUUCAUCAUAGGAAACUGCCAUAUUGUUACUGUUGUUAUACAAGGAUUUCAGUUCUCAGGGGCUGCUGGGAAUACCAAUGACAUAAACAGCAGCAGGUCAGUAUUACCUGUAUUAUUCAAUCUGCUAAAAGACAAUUCUGGGAACUGUAGUCCAUUAUUAGUAUUAAUAUCCCCCAGAACUUAUUGAGGGGAUUUUCUGUUCUUCUUGUUCCUGGUUGUUCUCCUUCCCAUGGUCAACUAUGGGUGGGGCUUGGUCACAAGCAGGGAAAACACUACAUUACAUUCAGCUUUAUCACCCAGUGCUCCAUUAUGGCUGAAGGUUUUGCCAUGUGGCCAAUAUCCAGGUCUCAAGUGAUAGCAGGGCCACGGCCAGUAUAUGUUUAGACUAAGCUAAAAGGGCCCCUGAACAAAUGUGGAGUCAUAAUGGGGUUUAAACCCAAGAAAAGUCCUAAUAUAGUGCUGUGUUGCCCAGUGCAUGACUUACAUGAAGUGGUUGAUUUAUCCAGGCACCAGGAUUAAAAUAAAUUUCUGCUUGAAAGGCAUCACUUUCAUAUGGCCAGGAUUGAAAAAAAAAUCUGAUUAAUUUCUGGUGUUACUGGCCCUUUAAUUGCAAACCCACCCAAGUGUAUAUAUUGGAUUAGUGAUGUAAUGACGGCACAAGCAGAUGGGGGUGUAUGAGUUGAAGAUAUAGGUGCAGCAGUUCUGCGUGGCAGCCAUUGCUGAUAAUAGAAUGUGUUGCUGCAUCGAUGUGACCCCCCCAUGCUACUUGUUAGUAGGCAACACAUGUUCAAUUGGAAUGACAACAAGGCAUCUCCAUCUCACGCUGAUGUGAGGGUCACUGCUCUCUGCACGAUGAAUUCUCUCCAUUAGCCAAUCCGGGGGAACCCCCUUGAGAGCACCAUUAAUUCCACUUUCUGCUUCAAUUGAUUGGGCAUGUUUAUCCUCACAACGACUCCAGUCUGAGGUCAAUGCUCAUUAGCUGAGCCAUCAGUUAGCGUAAAGUCCAUGGUUUGGGGGUCUAGCUCAUUGUAAAACUGAUUUAACGCUUUUAUUGCGUGUUAUUGGUUAUUUUGUGCACUUAGAGCUUCCUCUUGUUGCUAAGGAGUGCACAGAACCUUUUCCCCAACUGGGGCCCAAAUUAUUGGCCCAUAAUUGUAAUGAGUUCUUCUACAAGCACUUUAAAUGGAAAUUAAAUUGUGUAUAGGCUACAGGGAAAAAAGUAGUUACAUGUUAGUAUCAAAUACUAGGAUAUCUCCCCCCAUGUGUCUUGAUACAAUUCCUCAACCUUCCAUAAGGGAUUGUGCACGUCUGUGCCAGUGCCCCCAAUAUUGAGCUUUUAGAACCAAAUUUCUUAUGGUUAGUUUUAUGGUGGAAUUUCAGUUUCUUCGUUAGCAGGUGGGGAACGUGCCGAUUGUUGGACAACCUCUACUUCUCAUCAACAGAUGAAUAAAGAUUCACUGCGAGUUGGAGAGUUGGGCAGAGAUGGAGAUUUGUUUAACUGCCAACAUUCCAUAUUCAAAAGUGCUCUUGUCUUCCCAAAUUGUCUGCACCCCCUUCUUUUGUUUAGUAGAGUUGUAUGUUUAUGGCUGUCGAUAUUCCCAAGACCAAUCACUGGCAACCGGAAAACUCAAGCUCAGUUUUCAGCUAUUGUGAUGGUGUUGACUUGCUGAUCUCUUGACAUCUUAGUGGGGUAAUUACUUGGGAAAUUCAUUUAGUUUUCGCUUAGUCUCUUGUUGCUGGGAAACUUUAUGUAAUGCACUACUAUAAGACUCAAAAACAUCAAGGUUUUUCACAAAGGUCAAAAUGAUUAAAACAUUUCAAAUUUGUUGUUAAUUCCUAAGAAAGGAAAGACUGAUCUGACAACACAAACUGCACCACUUUCUCAGGCCUAUAGCUCAAACCAGAAUGUUGCCAGGAAAGGAGUAUUGGGAAUGCAAGGGGCUGAAUUUAUUAUCUGUAGAUCGACAGUUCCUUGGUUUAUUUGUGUAACAUUUUAUUGCUUGUAGCUACCAGCAGAACAAUUGCACUUUUUUCAGAGAGGCCUUCUCUCUCUCAUAUGGACCUUGUGUCUCAGCAAUGUGUGAAGUUUUACAUUGAAAAUUGAAUAAUUUCAGAUUCAGUGAUAUCAUUUUCUCUUUUACCUGCUGGGGCAGGCUUUGCAAUUGUAUGGAUGUCAAGCCAGGGCAGGAUCUGAAACUCUUUGUGACAUCUAGAAUUCCUGUGUGGCAGUCCAUCCUGAAUAUUUGCAAAUGUAGACAGCCAUUACGAAAUCUGCAGUCUCCAUGGAACUAGAAGGAUCGGCAGCCUCUUUUGUUGUUGUCUCUUUGAGGGAUUUGCAACCUCUUUGGUUUUCCAACUCCUUCAGGGAUCUUCAACCUCUAUGGCUUGCUAUGUCUGUUUUGUGGUUGUUGUCCCUUUCCAUAUGCUUGAAUGAUUUGCUGCCUCUGUGGUUGACAAACUAUUACAGUGAUUUGUUAUCUCUAUGGUUGUCUAUCACUUUGAGGGAUCUGCAACCUCUAUGAUUGUCCACCUCUUUCAGGGAUCUUCACCUUCUGUGGUUGUCCAUCUCCUUGAGGGAUCUGCAACCUUUGUGGUUGUCCAUCUCUUUAAGAGAUCUUCACCUUCUGUGGUUGUCCUUUGAGGGAUUUGCAACCUUUGUGGUUCUCCAUCUCUUUGAGGGAUUUACAACCUCUGUGGUUGUCCAUCUCCUUGAGAGAUCCUCACUUUCUGUGGUUGACCAUCUCCUUGAGGAAUCUGCAACCUAUGUGGUUCUCCAUCUCUUACAGGGAUCUUCAACUUUUGUGGUUGUCCAUCUCUUAGAGAGAUCUUCACCUUCUGUGAAUGUUCAUCUCUUUGAGAGAUUUGCAACCUCUGUAGUUGUCCAUCUCUUUAAGAGAUAUUAACCUUUUUGGUUGUCCAUCUCCUUGAGGGAUCUGCAACUUUUGUAGUUGUCCAUCUCUUUGGAUAUGCAACCUCUGUAGUUGUGCAUCUCCUUGACAACUCUUCAUAUUAUAUAUUGUCCAUCUCUUUGAGGGAUCUUCACCAUCUCUGGUUGUUACUCUCAUUGUGGGAUAUGCAACCUAUGUGGUUGUCCAUCACCUUGAUGGCUCUUCACUAUCUGUGGUUGUCCAUCUCUUUGAGGGAUCUGCAAACUCUGUGUCAAUAUUUAUAUCAGUUGUGUUAAUAUUAAUAAAUCAUCUAAAAAGCAGUCUCUGGGCUGGCAGUAAAUGUCUCUGGGAUUUGUAAGGUCACAUUAAAAGUAAUUUAACACUUUCUUGGCCCUUUGAUGACAACAAUAAUACAUGAAGUACAUUGAUUGUUUCAGUUAUUGUGACUUAUUGCAGUGUUGGUCAGAUUGCAGCAUGCUAGUCGGAACCCUGGCACAUUGUGUUAUCUCUAUAGCACAGCAUUUGUUUAAACAAAGUAUCAGUAGUGCAGAGUGUGAAGUCUGUUCCAACAGUGCAGGGCUUUUGUCGUAAAAGCUUAAAGAAAUUCUGUCAUGAUUUUUAAGUUGUAUUUUUUAUUUCUAAAUGACACUGUUUACACUGAAAAUAAUUUACUCUACAAUAUAAAAUUUAAUUCC